GUUUCGAUAACCUAGAAUUCUACGCUCAUACGACGUCCAUUUUGAGUGUUUAUAAACGUUCCACAACAAAGUUCCACAUAGAGAAAAAGAAAAGAUGGAACCAAAGGAAGGCGCCUCGAAAUCCUUUGCAGAAAAGCAAGCGGAGCGUAUGUCCCGCUUGAAAGCACUCCACUCUGCACGUAACAAAGCACGCGCCGAAAACCACCAGGAAGUCCUCAACGAGAACGCUCGCAUGAAACUCCCAGCCAACUACGAAGCACGCCAAAGACAAGCCGAAUGGUUAUUAAAAGAUAAAGAACUCCGCGCUGAAGCUAAACUAAAAGGACAAGACUACGACCGAGUUAAACUACUAAACAUCUCCGCGAUCGAAGCGGAAAAUCAACAAAAACGCAAGAAGAAAAAGAAUCCGGAUGAAGGUUUCAGCGAUUUUGAGGCUGCCACAGCCCGACAGCAUCAGAGAUUGAUCAAAAACAUGCCCGCAAAGGACAUGGAUCACUACGAAGAGGAAAAAGCGCGGUAUGGCGACGCAUUCUACGGCGGAAAGAAUAUAAUCAUCCAUGGCAUGCAUAAAGACAGACCACAAGCAGUUGACAACAUGGUGAAGGAUCUUGAGGGACAGAUUGCAAAGAGAGAGAAAUAUUCACGACGCAGGACGCACAACGACGACGCCGAUAUUGAUUACAUCAAUGAGCGCAAUGCGCGCUUCAAUCGCAAACUGGACCAGUUCUACGGCGAAUACACCACCGAAAUUAAGCAGAAUCUUGAAAGAGGCACUGCUGUGUAAAUAUUAUACCACAAUAAACACAUUUUAGGUCUGAAUCUCUCGUUUCAGUUGUCUAAUCAUAUCAUAAUCAAUACUUUACUUGCAAAAAUAUGUGAUAAUUUGAAUAAAUUUACGUGUGGAGGUUCGUUCGUUA